UUUUUUAUAAGGCUUUUAUUUUGAUAAAGGAUUCCCCGGAGGUCGUGCUCGUUUGUUAUUGUCGCGAGUUUGACAGGCUGCCGACAUGACAACAACCAUAGACACAUGACAACCAGGUAAACGGGAGUUUGUCAGGAACGCCGAGAGAGCUCAGGACAUCACAACGGGAUUAAAUACGUGAUGAGAGCACUGUGACAGAAAGUUCUCCGGUGAUUAGGAAGCCAAGCUUACCAUGACGUUUCCUUCUCCUUCUGCUGCUUCUGGUGUCCAGAGUGGAGCUACACUGAGAGAAGAAACCUAAUGCACAGAGAAAAUCCAGACAAUCCCUUUGGAAUUGGAAGAGGAUGGGACGUCCCACGGGGCUUUUGUUUCCUGUGAGAGGAAAACUUCAAUCAUUUCAUCGUUCCGCCUUCAUUGGUCUGUGCAGUGUUUCAUGAAAGCUAUCUAGGUGUCGUCCGAUUGGCCCUUCAUUCCACUGUGAAGACACUGUGAGCCAAUCAGCAUCCGCCUGGCAGCAGAGUCUCCUCUGCAGCAGAUUUCUACUUCAGUUGGGACAGAGCACACAAGACAGAGAGAGAGCGAAAGAGAGAGAGGGGUGAGAUCAAGGUUCACCACAGCCGAAUCAAGGAUUUUACAUAAGUGAUCUCCAACAUGGAGGUGCCCAGGAGGCCUCAGCCCUCCUCCUUCACACUGCCUCUCCCUAAACCGGCCUCAUCUGCUCUGUCUCCCCUCGGAGCUUUAGAGAAGAUCUCCAAGAAAGAUGUAAUGAAAGAGAAGUUCCAGGAGACGGAGGAUGAAACCGCAGACACAGAUGAGUUUGAGGAAGAGAUUUUCAGCACAGAGGAGGAGUUGAAUGCGUCGGUGUUUGUGGAGGCGCCUGCCGAGACCUCGGAACUUUUGGAUACAAAUACUUCCACUGGGGGGAAAAAUGUCAAACUCUCCUCACAGGAUAGUUUCUCAGAGGACAGCGCAAUAUCAGAGGAGAGGUUGGCAGAGGAGGCAGAAGAGGCCAAAAAAAAGUCUGAAGAGGAGGAAGCGGCAGCUAAAGAGAGGGAAGCCCAGAGACAGAUGCUGGCCAUCGAGGAGCUGGUCCAGUCGGAGAGGAAUUACAUUCGACUGCUGCAAAUUAGCACCGUGACCAUCAAGAGCAACCUCCAGAAACUACAGCCUCCUCCAGCCAACCUGGACAGCAUGUUUCUCUACAUCGAGGAUGUGAUUGACGUGUCAAGUCGACUCCUCAGCCUGCUGGACCAGAAGCAGGUUCAGCCUGGAGACCCCCUCUUCCUGAAGACACUCUGUGAUUCGUUCCUCAGCCUGUCUUCAGACAUUGAGGCAGCCUAUAAGGAAUACCUGGCCAACUACACCAACAUUACAGUGGUGGAGAACAGCUACAAACAGAAGGAGGCGCUCUGGAACGAGAUUGUCGGAGUCAUCAAGGCCUCAGCGCCUGAAGUAAACGCCACCUCUCUGAGUUUCUUCUUGGUGAUGCCGGUGCAGCGAAUCGCCCGCUACCCCCUCCUCCUGCAGACCAUCCAGAAACACACUGAACGAACGCACCCGGCGUAUGGCCUUCUGGAGCAUGCCGCUCAUACCUCCAUCGCCUUGAACUGUCGCAUCAAUGAGUACAAACGCUUCAGAGAAGUUGCUGACAAAUACAAGAAGACAGAAACCCUGACUAUAAAGGACAAGAUCAACCGCCUCAACACCCACAGCAUCGCAAAGAAGACAGCGAGGCUCAGCCAGCACAUCAAACAUGAGACUGGAAUAGCACCUAAGCUGGUGGAUGAGGAGUUUGACACCCUGGAAGGUUUCUUCUAUGUUCUGGAGCAUGGGAUCCUGGAGCUCCUUGAGAACGUGGAGACGUACCUGCACCACCUACAGGGAUUCCUGGCCUGCAAAACGGAGGAGUUUGAUUUAGAUAUGGAUGGAGAGAAGGCACCUAUCUGCUACAAGGAGAUCACUACUGCUCUCAGACAGUGGAUUCUUCCUACAUUUGAGACGAGGAUGAGGACGUUAAUCCACAAGCCGCUGUGUGUGCUCCGUGACCUCCUGGUGGGCCCGAGGAACCUGAUCAGAAAAAGGCUGGACAAGCUGCUCGACUAUGAACUGAUAGAAGCCAAAUCCACUCUGAGCUACGAGGAACAGGCUGUGGCCAACACGUACAGGACGAUGAACACAUUGCUCCUCAAUGAGCUUCCUCAGUUUAAUGGUAUGGCUCUGCAGAUGAUCUGGAGCAUGUUGGGCACGUUCAGCUGCCUGCAUAAAGACCUCGCCUCAGACAUGGAGCAGCUGUUCCAGAGCUUUGCACAACAGCUCCCUCACAGCUCUCUCAAUCCCAGUGCAUUCUGGAGGUGGGCAGAGUCUGCAGUGCUGGAAGGUGCGGGAAGACUGGAGACUUUGUGUCAAAGUGUAGAGGACACGCUUAAUGCGCCUGCUGUCCAGCCUCUGAGUCCAUCCUCUCAGCGUCGUCUGAAGCAGCUAACAGAUAAGCACGGUUCUGGUAAAAUCUACCAGGUGAUGGAGACGGUGGUGGGCAGCCGGGACCUGGACCUGAACCUGGCCAGAGGCGAGCUGGUGGCCAUAAUCAGUGAGGCAGACAGUCGCGGGGACAAACGAAGAUGGCUGGUCGACGCAGGAGGCAGAAGAGGGUACGCUCCUUGUUCCAAGCUGAUUCGGUAUCACCAGGCAACAGAGGACCCGCCUCCUUCACCGCACCUGACCCCGCCUGAUCGCGUGACAGAAAUCAGAAGACACUCCUACACCCCAGAGAGCCGGCCACUGACAGUCAUGAGCCGGCCAUGCUUCCAGAUUUUGGCGGCAUAUGACUUCACAGCGAGAGGAAACCAUGAAGUUUCUCUUCGAGCCGGCGAGCCAGUUCAUGUCCUGGAGCGCCACGACAAACGUGGGAACCCUGAAUGGAGUCUAGUGGCGGCGAGAGGUGGGAAGAGAGGCUACGUGCCCUCCAACUACCUCACAAUGGUUCCUAUGGGGACUGGGCCACCUGGCACAUACCAGCCCUACUGCUGAAAGGAAGGAGGGGAAAAACAGCAGCAUGUACAGUAUGACGGGGGAUUCACCAACACUGUCUUUAGAAGGCUUACAGCAGUAUUUUUGUAAUGCACGUGCACCUGCUUUUCAAACAGUAGCAUUAUUCUACAUAGUGACCAUCGGUUAUUUUCAUUUUCAAUGUCAAAUUCAGAGCUAUUUCAGUUGUUAAUACAAUAGUUACAGUAGAUGGCCACAUUGUUACUGUUAUCUUCAUCACUUAUCCUACACCCACUUCCUGUGCACAUUUACCAAAUUACAAGAAAAGGAAAGUAAAAGUCAAGUCACGUCAGUUUUAUUUAUAAAACCCAAAAUCACUAAUUAGCCUCAAAGGGCUUUACAGAAUACAAUAGCCUCUGUCCUUAGACUCUUGAUUGGAUAAGUAAUGGCGUAACCUUUUACAAGUACGGGCCUUCUCUUAGGCCUUUUCUGUACUAACUUGGAUAUAUUUGAAAAAGUGACACU